CUGACUGAGACCAGAGAACACAUUUGUCGAAGGAAAUGUCAUCUUUAGUCAUGGACUUCCGCAAACUGUUUGUGUUGAUGUCUGUGUUGGUCACCACUCGCUGUGAAGAUUUUGUAACAGAAAGCGAUGCAGUAAGAUACACGUGCUUUGGGUGGGAAUUCUCGGUAAACUGUGGUUCGCUGACUUGGGAGGAUGCAAGGCAGGCAUGCAAAAAUGAUGGGUUUGAUGACUUAGCCACAAUACGAUCGGCAGAAAUGCUGUCAGAUAUACAUAAAUUUGUGGAUGAAAAUGGAUGGACCAAAGCAAAUUGUCAUGGCGGUGCAAUGUGGAUUGGUUAUUAUGAUCCAGACACGACCAAUGCCAUUCCACACACGGAGGCUGAUUUUCAGUGGUUAAGCACUGAUACCUGUGCUAAGUACGUCGAAUGGGAAGCGGGCAAUCCAAAUGAUAAUACUAAGAAAAACGCGACAGGACAGUCAUGUACAGACCUCUGGCUUUCAAAGAAUGGUUUGUAUGACGAUAACUAUUGUACUAGAAAGCGGGGAUACAUAUGCGAGAAAUUGAUUCGUCAUGAUUGCGGGGAUGACUGCGGCUGCAAUGGAUCAUGUUUUGCGUAGCGCAUUUCUUUAAUCUAUACUUCGAGGAAUCGCCGACAAGGCAUUAUGACGUCAGUUUUCUCGUCAAUUAUUCGUACUUUUCAGUCUUAUUCGUCGCUUAUAUUAUCACGCACGCUACUAUGUCACAAUAUUAUUAAAAUUAUCAUAAAACAUUAAACUCAAAA